AUGGAUCCGAAUCCGUACAGGAGGAAACCGUCUCCGAUCACCGGCGGUUCAAACUCCGAAGAUAUCUCCCAACAACUACUUCCGGUGAAGUUCCUCAGCUCCGGUACUACGAUGAAACUCACGAGAACACUCACUACUUUCUUGAUACUCGUCUCUGUGCUACUAGCAUUCUCAAUGAUCUUCCAUCAUCACCCAUCUGAUCCAAAUCGGAUCAUGGGUUUCGCUGAAGCAAGAGUUCUUGAUAACAGAGAUUACUCCAAUCUUACUACUUCAAUCGAUUCAAAUUAUUCCGAUAAGCUUCUCGGAGGACUACUUGCUACUGGGUUUGAUGAAGAUUCUUGCCUCAGUAGGUACCAGUCAGUAGUUUACCGUAAACCUUCGCCUUACAAGCCUUCUCCGUACCUCGUCUCUAAGCUUAGAAACUACGAAAUGCUGCAUAAGCGUUGUGGUCCGGGUACUGAAUCUUACAAGAAAGCUUUAAAGCAACUUGAUCAAGAGCAUAUCGAUGGAUCUGGUGAAUGUAAAUAUGUUGUGUGGGUUUCUUUUAGUGGGUUAGGGAACAGGAUACUUUCUUUAGCCUCGGUUUUUCUCUAUGCGCUUUUGACUGAUAGAGUCUUGCUUGUUGACCGAGGGAAAGACAUUGAAGAUCUCUUUUGCGAGCCGUUUCUCGGUAUGUCUUGGUUACUGCCUUUAGAUUUCCCGAUGACGGAACAGUUUGAUGGGUUGAAUCAAGAAUCCUCUCGUUGUUAUGGAUAUAUGGUGAAGAAUCAGGCGAUUGAUACCGAGAAAACUCUGUCUCAUCUUUAUCUUCAUCUUGUUCAUGACUAUGGAGAUCAUGAUAAGAUGUUCUUCUGUGAAGGAGACCAAACUCUAAUCAGGAAAGUCCCUUGGUUGAUCGUAAAAACAGACAAUUACUUUGUUCCAUCUCUAUGGCUAAUCCCGGGUUUUGAUGAAGAGCUAAACAAGCUGUUCCCGCAGAAAGAGACCGUCUUUCAUCACUUGGGUAGAUAUCUUUUUCACCCAACAAACCAAGUAUGGGGCUUAGUCACAAGGUACUACGAAGCUUACUUAUCGCAUGCGGAUGAGAAGAUCGGGAUUCAAGUCAGAGUUUUCGAUGUAGGCGCAGGUCCAUUUCAGCAUGUGAUGGAUCAGAUUUCAGCUUGUACACAAAAAGAGAAACUUCUCCCUGAAGUAGACACACUUGUAGAAACAUCCAACCGAGUCAAAACCCCGAAACACAAAGCUGUGCUUGUCACAUCUUUGAGCUCGGGCUACUCGGAGAAUUUAAAGAGUAUGUAUUGGGAAUAUCCGACAUCGACUGGUGAAAUCAUCGGUGUUCACCAGCCAAGCCAAGAAGGUUAUCAGCAGACGGAAAAAAAGAUGCAUAACGGAAAAGCUCUUGCGGAAAUGUAUCUUUUGAGUAUGACAGAUAAUCUUGUGACAAGUGCUUGGUCUACAUUUGGAUAUGUAGCUCAAGGUCUUGGUGGUUUAAAGCCUUGGAUACUCUAUAAACCCGAGAACCGUACAUCUCCUGAUCCUGCUUGUGGUCGGGCUAUGUCGAUGGAGCCAUGUUUCCACGCACCUCCCUUCUAUGACUGUAAAGCGAAAACUGGUAUCGACACGGGAAAACUAGUUCCUCAUGUGAGACAUUGUGAGGAUAUGAGCUGGGGACUUAAGCUAGUAUGA